UCUUCUUAAAAGCAGAAGGUGAAGUUCUGCUGUCUUGUGCUGGCUGGGAAAAGGAAGAGCCGCAGACAUGGGGAAGCUUGCCUUGGUCCUGAUUCUCUGCUCGUGGAGCUUUGCUUUAGGUGAGUAGGUUCCUGCUAAAGCAGCUGUGGCGUUUGCAUUUCUGGGCGCUGCAGACGCGAUCUGACAAAGAAGCCCAAGAGGUUGGGUUUGCAGCUGCUGUGCGCUCUUCCUUAAUGUGGGAAAAGGCCCCAUCAAAUCAUAACAAUAGAUGAGGAAGAAUUGCCAACUGACCGCGCUGGGCAGCAUGGUCUGGCCUGCGCUUGUGCCUUUUCAACUGUUCCUUUGGCUGUGUGCAGCUAAAUUCUACUUAGGAGUAGACCCAUUGAAAUGGAUGCACCUCAGUUAGUCGUGGCCAUGAGUAUCAGUGGGCCUGCUUUGAGCAUGGCUAACCUUGAAUGUCACCCUUGGUUUGUAAGAAUGGGUAAGGAGGUGCUAUCUUCUGCGUGGAGGAAAGUGGGGCUCUGUGUUAAUUUUGUAGAUCAAGAUGCUGUUAAAAGCAUGGGAAUAUGGGGCUGGUGAAAUGUUGGCAGGCCAUCAUUUAAUCCUAUUUUCCUCUCACCUUCUGGUAUCUACUGAUCCACUGUUAUCUACAAGGCACUUUCAGCUGUGAAAUUCUGUGUCAGUGGGGUGCUGUUUAGGACUGGAUGGUCUCCUCCUCUGUCUUUGUGUGGAGUUCAUGGUAUAUGCCAGUUCUACAUGUAUGUUAUCCUCCAUAUGCGCAAGCAGCUAUUCACAAUUUGCACACAUGCAGCACUGUUAUAUGUAUGAAUGUAUGUUUAUUUCAGCCAUUUAUAUGCUGCUUUACAUCAUAGCAAGGGAUGCGGGUGGCGCUGUGGAUUAAACCACAGAGCCUAGGACUUGCCGAUCAGAAGGUUGUCGGUUUGAAUCCCCGCAACGGGGUGAGCUCCCGUUGUUUGGUCCCUGCUCCUGCCAACCUAGCAGUUCGAAAGCACGUCAAAGUGCAAGUAGAUAAAUAGGUACUGCUCCGGUGGGAAGGUAAACGGCAUUUCCGUGUGCUGCUCUGGUUCGCCAGAAGCGGCUUAGUCAUGCUGGCCACAUGACCCAGAAGCUGUACGCCGGCUCCCUCGGCCAAUAAAGCAAGAUGAGCGCCGCAACCCCAGAGUCGGUCACGACUGGACCUAAUGGUCAGGGGUCCCUUUACCUUUACCUUUACAUCAUAGCAACUGAGGCUCCAUACACACCAUACAUUUAAAGCACAUGUCUUCCCUCAAAGAGUCGUGGGCAUUGUAGCUCAGGGAGGGGAAGUACUACAGUUCCUAGGAUUCUUUGGAGGAAAAACCAUGUGUUUUAAAUGUAUGGCGUGUACAAAGCCAAGGUAUGAGAGGAUGUUUGGAGGUGAUGUAAGGCAAUGCUGCUUUUGGCAUGUAGCUGUGCCAGUCUUUUUUCUCCCUGACAGGAUCGGUGCCUUGAGCUGCUGUGAAAUAGGCAAGAAUCCAACAGAUGUAGCAGUGGAGGGUGUAGCUGUACCUGGUUGAAUAUCUGCCUGUUGCACUUCUUUUCUAGGCACACAGCCUGUGACCAAUACAGGUGUGAAGCUCUUUGGUGUCUUCUUCUAGAGGAGACUAGAAAAAAGAGUCAGGGAAUGAAGUGAGUGAGGGAAAGAAACAUGAGGUCAUCUGUUGGGUUGCUUAAUUUACUUGAUUCAUAGGAUUUGCCUCGUAUCACCACCUUUUGCAACAUAGGAAUAAUUAACAGGUCCCUCCAGCUGAGUAUUGUCUACCCUGACUGGGUUUUAGAUAGGGGACAUUCCCAGCCCCUCUUUAACUCUGGAUAUGGCAGAGUUUGAACCAAGGAUCUUCUGCAUGCAAGACAGAUGCUCUACCACUGAGCUAUGAUCCUUUUCGCUCUCCAGGUAAUUUGGAAUGCAGGCAUUUUAAGCUGCUGCCUUUAGUUUUAACUCCCACACAUACAGGUAGAUCCAGAGGCAUCUUUGAGUUAGGAUGCAUAGAAACUGCUAGGGCAGCAUUCCCCAAAGGCCAUGGGUUCAAACCUCCCUUGCUCGUAAUGCUAAUCUCUGUUUCAUCUGCAUCUGGAGGCAAGUGGGCUUGGGCUGGCUGCAGCUAUUAGAUGUACUUCUGGCCACACCUUGGUGCCUCUGGAUCUUUUGAACUCCAGCUUCCAUCAGCCCCUGCCAGCAUAUGGAAACUGGAAUCCAAAACAUCUGGAGGGUGCCAGGUUGGCAAAAGUUGCCCUUCUGUAUCCUACACUGCAGAAAGGGUUAUGGCAGCUGUCAUGAAGAGGAAGCCACAUAGAGGUUGUAUAAGCAAAAAAACCCCCCCAACUUUAAUGCUGACUCAGGUAGUUUCUGGUAUGGCAAGCCAAGAGAGCCAAUGCAGUAUGCCAACUUUCCCCAACUUGGUGCCCUCCAGUUGUUUUGGGGCCAAGGCUCUCAUCAUUCCAGACCAUUGGCCAUGCUUGCCGUGACUAGUGGUGGUUGUAGGCCAGAACAUCUGGAGAAAGCACCAGGUUGGGAAAUCCUGGGCUAUGUUGUAACCCCAGGUCUGCAUAACUUCAGUGGAGAUAGCCUUGUCACAGUUAUCCACACCCUGAUGACCUCUUGAUUAGAUAACUUCCAAUGUCACCAGCAACAUUCCAGAGUCGUUCACCCCAUGAAUUGGGAAUGGUAUUUUGGCUCAGCCCUACUCUGUGUUGUGUGCUCAGCCGAGGAAUUUCUUUUUGGUACCAGAACUAUGUUCCACCCCAGGACGCUAAGUUUCAUUCACUUCUGCACCUCCGUUUAGAAGAGAGAAUUUUUGGUUGCUGCUGGGAGUCAGAAACUAGUGCUGAGCUAUUGCAGAUGUACAGUAGGUUCUCAUCUAUCUCGUGUUCAAAACACUUAAAGGAUGUGGGAAAAGCUUGACCCAGGACGUUUGUGCUUACAGUGUGCAAACCAGUACGAUGCCCUAAGCUGGAGGUCUCAGCUGGUCGGUCUAAAUAAAGUUGACCCAAUGUAUUGACUGGCUGCAAAUAGCAGAAGUCAGAGAUGUUAUUGAGGUUGUGAAGCAUUUCCCCACAUGCCGCAGGUGACAAAAUCCUUUGUGAAUGUGUGCUAACAGUUACAUAAGGCAAAUACCCUGAUUUCUCCAGUGAUAGCAUCUUUAAACGAUUGAAACACUUGCUGGGAUUUGCAUUGCUCUCCUCUCGGUGAGAUUUGCUUAAUUGUGCUGCAAGAAGGAAAUGCACACCCAUUGGAGAACAAUGACACGGAGUAAUGUCACACAUAAACAUGAUUAGUGUAUUUUUCCCUCACUGGGCAUAUUGCAUCACUGGUACCUGUCAUAGUGAGCGCACAAUGGAGCUUUAGCAAUUGAAAUAGUUUGGAAAAUACAGUGUUUUGACUUGUCACAGAUACUCGCUGCCUGGAGUCAAGGCACUGGUCCAUCUAGCUCUGUGUUGUCUACACCAGUGUUUCCCAAACUUAAGUCUCCAGCUGUUGUUGGACUACAACUCCCAUCAUCCCUAGCUAGCAGGACCAGUGGUCAAGGAUGCUGGGAGUUGUAGUCCAACAACAGCUGGAGAUGCAUCUUUGGGAAACCCUGGUCUACACUAACUAGCAGCAGCUCUCCAUGAUUUCAGGCAAGGUUCUCUCCCAGCCCCACCUGAAGAUGGAACCUGGGACCUUCUGCUUGCAGGGCAGAUGCUCUGCCUCUUAAGUAAUUUCACAGACUUGUUAGAAGAGAAAAUCUGUACUGUGAAAAUUCCUGCUACAUUUCCCAAUCAAUUAAAAUAAAUGCAUGGCUGGCUUAUUUAGUGAAAUUUUUGAGUACAUAAAAUUGCUCACUUGCUCUUUUGAUAACAGGUGUAGCAGCCUUUCUAGUAGAAGGACUUCUCAUUCCCUUUUGAGCUUGACAAACUGGCAGAGCCAGAGUGACUUUCCAUGUCUGUCCUGUAUAGAAAACCACAGCUCAAACAGCAGCUGCAGUUUCACUCAGAACCACAUGAGAGUAUGUGGGAGGGCAAAAACAUGAGUCAGUUGUACUUCAGUGGUCAGAGUCACAAAUAAUGGUUUUAAUUUCGCCACCCAGAUGCUCUGGGCAGAUGUAUCAAAAGGCUGAAACCUGCUUUCAAGUAGAUCUGGAGAAUGACGUUUCCCUGGGGCUUCCUGGGAACUGUAGUUUUGAGACUGGCAGGACUUCCCAGCUCUUCCUGUCUUCUAACCCUAACUCUGCCCUCUUGAAAAACUAUGAUUCUGGGGAAUUUCUUUGCUAGAAUCAGGUAGCAAAAGAGAUCAGGUGGUGAAACUCUCAUCUUCAGAACUCUUAAAUUCUGGGUGGGCCUCAUCUUGAGCACUGGAAAUUAUAAAUAGCCACUCCCUGUACAGACACCCACACCAAAUGACAUAAACAAUGAAUUGGUUAAGAGCAUCAUUCCACACUCUUGCCUUCUGGUCUCAAGAUUCAGCCACAUAUAGAUGAUCUCCCUACUAUAAGGGCACCAAAAAGAAAAUCAGUGUAAGGGUCCAUUCCUUUCUGAGAAGCCUUCUGAGGGUCGUAUGCAAGCAGUGGACGGGACAGAGGCAAAAGUGGGUGGAGCAAUUAAUGCAAAUUUUAUCCUUCAUGCAUUAGGCUAGUUUCUGCAGAAACCCCCACACCCCUUUCUGUCCUCCAUCCAAGCAAGCAGGAAGCACUCUGAGUCAGGUAAAAACAUUUUGGGAGGGAAGUGAGGCUUGUGAGAGGUGUGGCCAAGGGAGCCAGAUAGAGGGCUGUCUUUGCCCCUCGGGUACAAGGUUCCCCCAUCCCUGCUCACUCCACUUCCAUAGGAAUCAUAGAACUGUAGAGUAGAGUUGGAAGGGACCCUGAGAACCACUUAGUCCAACCCCCUGCAAUGCAGGAAUAUGCAGCUGUCCCAUACGAGGAUUGAACCUGCAACCUUGGCAUUAUUAGCACCACGAUCUAACCAACUGAGCUAUCCAGGGAUGUACUGGCAUCGAGUGUUUUUGCAUUGUUGAUUUUCAGUGGCUCAUGCUGGAGGCCUAGGAUGGCUGUACCCUGAAUGAUCUGUGUGAAAAAGUAUUUUUUGUAUCCCGAAUGUCCCACUAUUCAAGUUCAUUGGGUGCCCCAGGGGACAGAGGUGCAGUGGUCCAGGUUUGGGGUGUGGGUGUGUCAAAGUCCUGUCACUAUUUCUGCAGCAUUGUCCUAGAGCUGCUGAAACACCAUGAAGCGAAAGCUUUUUAGCCGCUGAGAAGAAGUCUUCUCAUUGUUUGUGCUACUUGGGGUCAAGCAGAAUGAAAGGAGGUGAGUCAGCUCCUGAGGCUGGGCUCCUAGGGUCACUUUGCAGAAGGAAUGUGGGAAGAACUGGGAGGAAUCUGCGUCAUUCUGUAUGCUCCAAAGCUAAGCAUUUGGCAACACAAGGCACUUCCAUUCCAAGGAAACAGUGUGCAAAUUCUGUUACGUAUAAAAGAACUUCAAGGGAAACGCAACUUAAGUCACUUAGAAAGAAGCUACUGAGUAUCAUUUGCCCAUGUAUGUGCACAGGAAAUAGUAGAUCUAGCUGAAAGGCAACACAUGGAGCUGCAGUGAUUGUUGCAACGUGUCCCUGAUUAUUAUUGUUGUACAAUUGUGAGAUGAUACAACCUUCUAAAAUUAUUAUAUAAUCUUAGAAGGGUGUGUGGCUCUGGCUGUCUGAAUUUGCCACUACAGUGCUGUCCAGGGAGGAAUUCAGCAUUGUGCUCUUCUGAUCGUUCCUUAAGCGCAAGCAUUUCAGUUUGCCAGGUGGAAUGAUCUGCCCUCUUCUCCCCCACACCCUGUUCUGGUGUUUCAUUAACCUACUUUCCUAAUACUUGGGAAGCUGCCUUAUUCCAAGGCAGACCAUUAGUCCAUCUAGCUCAGCAUUGUCCCACAGUCGCUCUCCAAGGUUUCAGACAGGAGCCUCUCCCAGUCCUACUUGGAGAUGCCCAGGAUUGAACCUGGGACCUUUUGCAUGCAAGGCAGAUGCUCUACCAAUGAGCUAUAGCCCUUCCCUGCUAUGGAAGGCAGUUGGAUUUUGGCGUCUUCAGGAAAAAUGCUGACAUGGAUGAACUUGGAGAGCAGCAAGGCAUGUCUCUUCCUGAAGCUUCCCUGCUUCCAAAUUAGAGGCUGCUUCCUGCAACCUGCUCGCCCAAAUGCUCCAACCCUAGCCGGGAGCCAAGAGCAACUGGGGCUGCUUGUUCUAUGUCAGCUUUGCACAGAUGUGACAAAACUGAUUUAUUUAUUAAAUUCAAGUUUAAUAGUAAGAAUUACAUAGUAAAAUACAAGGGGAAUAGAAUGUAGCGAGGCUUGCUGUCCUUCAGAGCGGGAGGUUCAUCUGCUGCCAUGUCAGACAACCUUUCUUGCAUCGGCAAAUUAGGGUCUUGCCCACUUUGCGGGAAAUGCUGGCAUCAAGGAAGAGGCGGGACCCAUUCUCAGGGUGUGUCGGCUUUGGUUUGCGCGUUGUUUAAUAGUCAUUCCAAACUGAAAGUUGCUUAAUGACAGGGACAAGCAUUAUAAGGUUAGGAGUCAUAGGUGUUCCUUGGCACUGCUAUUAAAGCAUCUCUUUAAGACAAGCUUAUCAGAUAUAUAUUUUGGGUUUGGUCCCCUAUUUUUGCCCUUGCGCAAUUUUAAUCCUGCUUCUGGGGUGCUUUCCAAUGUAGCACCUGAAACUCUCCCAUUUCCUCUUCUGUCAUCCGAACAACCAUUUCUAUUUGCUGCAUUUUAAUCAAAUCGCAAUCUUAAAAAAUUGUAUUCUUGCAAAUCCUUUCAUCCAAAAGUCGACAUUGAUUGAUUGAUUCUACAGCAUUUCUACUCUUUAGUCAAAAAUUAUCUUGGAGAGGCUUACAAAGAUCAACUCUAAGAUGGUCCCUGGCCUCCAGUUCAUAAUCUAAACCUAAAUGACACACAAGGAAAAAGGAGGGGGAGGGAGGAGGAGAAGAAAGAAAGCUCUAGCUCCAAAAGUUACAACUGAUGUCAGUAGUGGGGCUGGCUGCCUUGCCCUUGAUAAAGAUCAGUCCCUCCUCUGAAGCAGUUGCAGGAGCAGAGCUGGUGACAGUGUCUAGGGCUGGAGAGUAGAAACUCAGAGUCUUCUAAGUACGAGCAGAGUGAAGAGGUGUGUGUCCUAAAAAGAAUUACUUAAGAGCAGCCAAAUUACCCUUCAGAGAACUCGCCCAGCAAUUCAUGCUGUAAAGCUGUCAUUGGUUGGCUUGUGAAUAUCUGUCAGUCCAUGAAAUGCCCAAUGCCAACUAAAAAUAUUAAGACUUAACAUUUGUAUAGCACGUUCAAAUGUUUAAUGUGUUUCACAUGCAUUCUCUAGUUGUAAUCCUCACAAAAGCCCCAAACAGUAAAUUGGCAUGGGUAGUAUUAUCCCCAUAUUGCAGAUGUGGGAAGUGAGGAUAACUGAGAGGGUAAAAGCCACUUGGUAAGUUCCUGACAGAGACAAAAUUCAAAGAAGGGCCUUCUGGUUUUUGUAGCUCAAUUCAGGGACAUUUUCUCUACAAUGGGCAUCCUUUGUUCAAUCGCUUCUACAUCACCAUUGUGAUACAUUCAAUGCUACCAUAUUUUUUUUCUUAUUUCAGGAAAUGGGUGCGCUCAUUCAAGGAUAACCCCUGAUUUUGGAGACCUGUACCACGUCAAAGGUAAGCGUCACUCAGUAUGGCUUUUCAGAGGCAGGUGGCACAAACACAUGCGUGCGCACACAGUGGACCGGUUCUUCCUGCUUUUGACCAAAAUGCCUGGUGUGGGCAACUUUGCUAUAUGUCUAGCCAAGCACUUAGCUGCUUUCUGAUGUCACUUUUCCCUUCAGUGGAUGGUCAUUGUUCCUGUGCAGAAAACUAGUUUAUGUAGGAACACAGGAAACCAAGUCAGACCAGUGACUGCACUGGCUGGCAGCAGCUCUCCAGAGCUUCAGAGAGGGGCCUCCCCAAGCCCUUCCUGGAGUUGUUGGGGAUUGAACCCGGGACCUUCUGUAUGCCUUUCCCCCAAAAUGUGCAGGUAGAGACACUGAAUCCAUCUUGAACCACGCUUGUGUCUCUUAUGGCUGUGGUUGUGCAGCGGGUGCAGGUCUCCCUUCAUGAGCAGUAGAAGUUGCAUCUGGAAUUGUGCAAAGUAUCCUAAGUUUAGCUGAGAAUUAGUGGAUCCUUUAUCAUUGCCAGCCUCCAUUUUGUAAUAUAGGGACGACACUGGAACAUAAUAUGUGGGGCUUCCUAAGAGUUCCGAGAUGCGGGAAGUCUCCUGGUUGGCAGCAGCCUGUUCAUUUCCAAAUGGUUCUCUUAGAAACUACCGUAUUUUUCGUGCUAUAAGACGCACCAGACCAUAAGACGCACCUAGUUUUUGGAGGAGGAAAACAAGAAAAAAAAUAUUCUGAAUCCCAGAAGCCAGAACAACAAGAGGGAUCUGGCUUCUGGGAUAGCCUCUUGCUGUUCUGGCUUCUGGGAUAGCUGCAUGAAGCCUCUUCAGGGCAGCGGGAUGAAGGCUCCCCCUGCUCUCAAGAGGCUUCACAUGGCUAAGCCAGAAGCCAGUACAGCAAGCAGGAUCACUGCGCAGCAAUCCCGCUUGCUGUCCUGGCUUAUGGGAUAGCCGCACGCAGCCUCUCCCGGGCAGCAGGAUGAAGGCUUCCCCAAGAGCCUUGCUCCCUUUAAAGAGUGCGCGGAGCAUGUGUGCAGCUCUUGGGGGCUUUUCCCUGAGGAGGAAUGUGGCUCUUUAAAGGGAGCACUGAGCAGAGCCUCCCACCUGCAUUCGCUCCAUAAGAUGCACACACAUUUCCCCUUACUUUUUAGGAGGAAAAAAGUGCAUCUUAUAGAGCGAAAAAUACGGUAUAUACUAUAUUUCUCUUUUCUGGGACUGUAAUCCUAUAUACACACCCUUAAUCUGGAAGGAAGUCCCAUUGGGGCUGAAUCAUAGACACCCUAGUUUUGGACAUGUUUCUGCGUUAAAAUCGAAGGACCCACGAAUUGCCCAUCGUUCUUUGCUUGCAAGAGCGGCAGUGCACAAAGCCUUCUGGUCCUGCUCAGGAAGCAUGAAGUAACCAAGGUUGAGGAAUCUGUUGUUGGGCUGCAGCUCCCAUCUGCCCCAGCCAGUGUGGCAAAUGACCAGCUAUGAUGAAAGUUGUAGUCCAACAACAUCUGGAGGGACCACAAGUUCCCCAUUCCUGAAGUAAACAAACUAGUUAUUUAUUGCUCAUUAUGCAGUCAGAGACAGUUGGGAGGAGUAACUAAUGUUAGAAAUUGCAGCAUUAGGUAAACUUUAGCAGAGGGGUCACUACUACCAGGUAAACCAUGAUGCUCCAGUUUUUUGGAAUGCCUUAUGCCCAGUGCUGCCAUCUCAUUAAUGUUUCUUUCAUAUUGCUACACAUUGUAACCUGCUUGCAUUAAGAGCUUCUAGUUAGCAUAUCCCAGUGAGUGUCCCGGAAAUGCAUGUUUGCACCAUUGCUGACUCGGUGGGAAGCUAAACCUAGAGGGUAAUCUGCAUCUUCUCCUUAGCCAAAUGAUAAGGGUGGGGAUUUCUGUGGAAUCCAAUCUUUCCUCUUUCCUCCUGCCUCAAUUUAGCCCCUUCCUGUAUAACCUGAACAAGUAUGUGCAAAGCUUCCUGAGAUACUCUGAGGCAAGUAGGUCUCCCAUUAGUAAGCUCUCCUUCCAGGAAUAUAAUUUAGCUGGUGAUGAAACCUGACAGGCAGCUCUAAUGCAAAACUGUGAUUAGAUUCAGCAAAAUUAAAAGGAUUGUACUUGAAUGUGUUAGUCACUUCUCCUGGGAAUCUGGUGAAAUGGCUCUUCCUAACUGUUCCAGGGACACAUAUAAGAAUGCUUAUGCUUGGAGCUAACAGCCAUGCUAGACACAACAUUUUUCACAUAUUAGUUGGGCAGUAUGUAGCCGAUUUUUGCUUAAGGUAGCUUAGUGGUAGACCAUCUGCUUUGCGUGCAGAAGAUCCACAACAUUUCCAGGAAGGGCUAGGAAUGCCCCCUCUCUGAAACCCUGGAGAACUGCUGUCGGAAAGUGGAAACUGCAUUCCCCCAACCUUGUGGCCUUCAGAAAUUUUUAGAGUCCUACUCCCAUCAGCCUUAGCCAGCAUGACUAGGGAUGUCAGGGAUGAUGGGAGUUGUAGUCCAAAACAUCUAGAGGACACCCAGUUGGAGGCUAGUUUAGAAAAUAACAGAUAGAUAGAUAGAUCACUGCUUGUUCUACAAAGCAAAUAGAACCAGAUAAGAAGUCAUCAUCAUCAUCAUCAUCCAUGAAAAUGGUAAAUGUGGAUUAAAUGGAAGGGAAAUACUGUAUGGGACAUCAUGUUGAUGAGGAUGGCACUAUGUGCAAAACUUGCACGCAUAAAUGGCAUCAAGUCCGCAAUGAAAACCAAGGAAGAGGUAUUGUUCUGCCUUAGGCAGAGAUGUAUCCGACAUCUGAAUGUGUCACUAGUUCAUUCAGCACACUUUUGUUGUUAAGUUUCCUGUUUCCAGUGGGUGUCAUUUAUUGCCUUGUUUUUAAAUCUAUAUUUUAAUUUGUUCUAGAAACACUUCGUUGGCUGCUGUUUAACAACCAUUAAAAUAUUUGAGCAGUGACACUGAAAAGGCCACAGUGCCUUUCUGAUUGCCAAAUUGGCGGCAACUGUAUGUAAUUCUACCUGCCGGCGUAUGCACAGAUUUGCCCCCAAAUGCUUCCCAUGAUCUUUUUCCUUUUGCAAGAUGUGGAAGUCAUUGUACAAUUGUGCUUUUCAUGAAAAAAAAUGCAUGGCUUAGGUGAAUUGUACCUUCCCCAUCCAUGCCACACCCAGUAAUGUUUUGGAAUGCAGCUCCCCACAGUCCAUGAUGGAAAUUAUAGUCCGAAACACCCGGAGGGCACCAGGUUGGCAAAGGCUGGCAUAGAUGGGGCAUAGGAUGUACACACACAAAAAGAACAACUCUGUGAUCCUCCUGUGGAAGUGUGGAAACUCAGCUACAAUUCUUCUUGGCAGCUUCAGGCAGAAGUACAAUGACUGGGUUGUGCCAGGGUGUGUCCUUAUUUCGCCCCAUUUUGAUUCUUUUGAUAGGAAUAGUAGGCAAGCUGCCAUUCCUGCUCCCUCCUGCAGUCCUUUUGGAAACAUCUAAUGUCGUGUUCUUCAGUUUUGGGUCCCUACCCACGUGUGGUUAGACCACGAUUCCCAUCAUCCUUGACCAUCGGCUAAGCUGGAUGAAGGGAGUUGUAGUCAAACCACAUCAGGGCACCCAAGACUGAAGAGCACAGAUCUAAUGCCCUUUGGUCUUGUUCAUGCUAGCCAAGGUUUCCCAAACUCCAGCUAGCAGGACCAGUGGUCAGGGAUGAUGGGAAUUGUAGUCCAAAAACAGCUGGAGACCCAAGUUUGGGAAACCCUGUGCCUAGCCAAAGAAUGAUUAUAGGAUAAAGUUUUUCAGUGGGUUAAGUGGAUAUUUUACCCUGGGUCUAGUAAUAGGGGAACUGAAGUAAAGUGUAGCAACUGCAUCAGAUUAAUCCAGACUUUCCCAACCUGAUGCCCUCCAGAUGUUUGGGAUCUCCCAUCAGCCUCGGCAUCUGGGGUUGUGGAAAGUCAAGAUGAAUUUAUCCAGGGUGUGAGUAUGAUGGAGGGAUGGGAAACCUGUGGCCCUCCAGAUGUUGUUGGACUCUGACCCCCAUCAGCCCCAGCCAGCACAGACAGUGGUCCAGGGAUCAUGGGAGUUGUUGUCAACCAACAGAGAACCACAGGCUUCUCACUGUGUCCUUUCUUAAGCCUGUCUCCAGGCAGAUCAAUCCCACCCAUGUUGCUGGAGAAGGAGCUGUUUCAUCAUGACAAAUGUUGUGCUGUGCAAAAAGAGGAACUGCAAAAAAAUAUUUCCCAAGAACAUCAUUACACUGUAAAAAAAAAAAAGUCUUUGUAUAUCUCAGCAACAUUUCCUGCAUGCCAGACACAAAGGUGUGGAAAGUUGUUGUCUUCAAGCCCCGCUUGCAAGUUUGGCAGCAUCUAUCUGGUUGUCUGCUGCUGGAAACAAUACUGGACCUUAGUCCGGGGCCAAAAUAUUCAUUGUCUUUUAAAUGCAUUUGCCUCCCUGAAAUGUCUCCCAUCAACUUCUAGUUAAAGCUGGCAUGCAGGUGGCUGGUGCUGCACUUGGGCCUCCCCACCUUGGUUCCACGUUGUAGGUAACCCAAGUGCAAGGAAAUACUGAGCCCAGCGAAACUGGCAUUUCACCUGUCUGCUUGAAUAAAAGGACACCGGGAAACGUGGGGAAGAGAUGCUGUGAGUUGGCAGGUGUGAUUUAAAGCGAUGCACAGUCUGCCUUCAAUCCAGCAAGACAAAUCUUUACCUUCUUGUGAAUUUCAACUUGGCAAACAAGUUGUUUGUUGCCGUGACUUGCAGAAACUGCGUUAAGCAAAACUUUGCAUUGAUUUCUCAACUUCCAUUUGAAUUUGCAGCUCGGAAGAACAAUAGAGUUUAAACCUUUCGAAAUGCCUUUUAAAAUCUCAUCCCUGACAAAGCCCUUGGGCAAAUGUUUGCUCAACCUGGUGCCCUCUGGAUGUUUUGGACUACAGUUCCCAUCAGCCCCAGUGAGCACUACUGGGUGACUCACUCACACACCCCAGCCAUCCUCUGCUCCUUUCCAGAGCAUAAUUCCUUCUUCACCUGUUCAUUUUAUUUCCAUAUUUAAUUUAGCAAGAUUUAUAUAGUGUUGAGUUGACUAAAACCUCUAAUAUAAAAUAAUAAUAUAAAAUAUUAUCUGUAAAUUAUUUAUUGAAAAAUACCAAUAAAAUCAAACAUUUAAAAAAUCAACAUGCAGUUAAAAUAUAAAUAAAAUAAGCAGUGCUGAAACAAAUAUACAUAUUAAAACUACACAUGAACAUUUCAUGUCUAGGUUAGCUUGCCCAACAAAGUUUUUUGCAGGGGCUGAAAACAAAAGAUCAAUGUCUCCUGCCUAAAAUAAAUGGGCAGGGAAUUCCAAGCUGUAGGUCAGGCAUAGGCAAACUCGGCCCUCCAGAUGUUCUGGGACUACAACUCCCAUUAUCCCUAGCUUACAGGACCAGUGGUCAGGGAUGAUGGGAAUUGUAGUCUCACAACAUCUGGAGGGCCAAGUUUGCCUAUGCCUGCUGUAGGUGCUGCCACACUGAGGGAUCACUUCCUUUCAAGUGUGACAUAAACAUUACUGUAUAUUGCACUUGUAAAAGUUCCAGUUCUGCAGACUGAAUCAAGUAGGUUAAGGCAGCCAAGUAAAAUGGUCCUAAGUUCUUGAGGGCUUUCUAUACUAAUAACACAAACUCCUUGCAUUUGACCUGGUAACAAAUCAGCAGCCUCUGAGAAGGGGUGUGGCCAGGAUUUUUGUUGGGGGGGAGGCAGCAUUCCCCACUGUGUCAGUGCCAUGAUCAUUGCAGCCAGGAAGGAAAAAGGAAAAAGUGGGGGGCAGUGAGAGGUGAGGCCUGGGAAGAGUUCUGAGGGCCACACUGAGAGGGCCGGGGGUGGUGGUAAGGAUUUUUGCCAUCCCUAAGGUUGUCAGAGUGAUUCAGCUAGACAGGCCUUCAGGAGGACGUGUCUAUUUCAGUCCACAAGAAUGACAAAUUAAAUGCAUUCCACAAACAUUAAGAUUUCAGACACUCAGAGCAAUCUUUCCAAUGAAAUGAGAGUUGCACUGCUUUCACAAUGAGAGAGAAUUGGAACCAGUGCAUUCAUGGUGAAGUUUGGCAAUUUACAGUAUUUCCCCCCCUUAACAACUUCAGUCUUCCAUCCAGGUGUAUCCUCCACUUAACACCAUGGGCAAAACUAGAUAAGAGUCAGGCAAUUUUCCCCAGUGGAAUUUUUUUCCCAGUGCCCCAUUUUCCUGUGGGAAAUUAGCCACUUUACACACAUACAUUACGGGUUGUAUCCAGCUUUAAGUUUCACUGAGCAGUUCCCUGAAGUAGACCUAACGUAGUCAACAGGCCUAACUUAUUCAUGUUCAUUAAUUUCAAUGGGUCUACUUUGCAUAUCUUUAGCAUUGCGUACAACCCAAUGAGCGAAUAACAGUUGCAAAUACAAUAUUAUGAGGCAAGCUAGGAAGUUUUCAAAGGUUCCCUGUGUGUUUUAGAGCCGUUGAAAAUCAGGGGAGCUUCAGCAAAUACAGGGAAAAAAUCCCAAGCUACACAGAACAUUGAUCCAUCUCAGUCACAGCAACAACUAUGGAGACAUUGAAGCAUACCCUGUGGAUGUGAGCAUAAUCAUGUGAGGUUACUUAAUAUGCAGGCAGCCAAAAAGUCCUUCCUCUGAGUCCCUCACCUGGAAACUCUCGUUGUGUUCUGUAGGAGUCAUCAACCUCCCUUAUGCCGAAAUCGAAGAGCCCUUCGAAGCCUGGUACAACCUUACUGGGAACAAGAGUCGCAUCGAGUACUACAACGGUAAGAAGCCGUAGAGAGGGCAGUGGGGUGGGAAGGGGAUGCCAAAUGCUCUUGGGGCUGGUAUGGGAGAACUCAUGCUCCAAAAUAAUAUGAUGGAAAUGGAGAAGAGGAGCUGCAGAUGUCACCUUGAGCACCUUGCAGGAAAGGUAGGGUGCAAAUGCAAUAAUACAAGGCAGAAGUGGGUUUCUGCAGUGGAGGAGAAAGUUGCCGGCAGGUAUCCCAGACCAAACUAGAUGAGACGAUGGAGUAGGGACAGCAUGGCUGGGUGUCAGCCAAGGGUCCUCCACCCAGCAAGGAGUGCACUGGACCUGCUCAUCCUCCUCACCAAGGCAACCAUCUUAGCUGCUACUGCCUGCUGGCUCAUUGGCCCUCUGCCUGGCUAGCAAGCAACUGGUAGCAGCCAUAAGGAGGAAGGGCAGCAGCAGCCUGGUAUUGUGGCAGGGAGGAGGAAGUAGACUCAAGGAAGGCGGGAGGCCAUAAGUGUCCAAGGACCCUGCAAAACCUGGAGCUGAUGCUUCGAUGGAGGCCCCCCUUCUAGCUCUUUAACAACAGUUGCAAUAAGCAUAGGAAACUCCCUUACACCAAGUCAGACCAUUGGUCCAUUUAGCUCAGUGAUGUCUACACCAGGGAUGGGAAAUUCCAGCCUGUAGGCCAGUCUUGCCCCAAUGACGUUUUCCCCAAACCACAACCCACCUGCCCUUCACCAUUGUCGCUGGUGUUGUAUGCUGACGAGUGAGAGAACAGGGUUCAAUCCUGCACUGGCCGCACAGUCCUGCUCCCAACAACAAACAGGGCCACACAGCGUAGGCAGCAGGAUUUGAUCACAGGAUUUUAGUGUCGGAAGUGAUACCAAAGGCCACCUAGCCCAGCCCCCCGCGAUGCAAGAAUCACGGCUGAAGAAUCGCUGGCAGCUAAUGUGCAGAUAUUAAAGAUCGGAGCAAGAUCUGCAUGAGAUCCAGGAUUUAUAGUGGAGGGGGGAGAUUCUCAAAAGGGUUUUUGCAGGUCUCCUCCCUAUUCCUUUUGAAGUCCCUCCCCACUUCCCUUCUAAGUCCCCCAUCUUAGAGCAGGGUGGGGAGGCUCACAAAGUCUCCGUCCCUGUUUUAAGGGAUACCUUUUGAAUUUAAGCAGCGGCCUCCAGUGUUGUUAAACUGGAAAUGAUUUUCCCACUCCCCUAGUGGCUGUGAUUAUGCUGAGGCUGCAAGCCUUAAAUUAAUUAAAUAGUUGGAAUGCUCACCUCAACAUUUAGUUGUUAGUGGGGGGGCAGAUUUAAAAGGUGUGGCUGCAACCGAAGAACAGUCUUUGCUUGCUUGCUUGCUGUUGAAUUAAAUUUACUUACUAUUAUUAAAGAGAGUCGUUCAUUUGAGUGGUCAUGUUUAUUUAAAGUGUAAGCUCUCCUGCUUCCUUCAGGACCUCAGACCUCUUAUUUGCUUCUUGGCAUUCUGCAAAUGCAUUCACAUUUGCUUUAAUUUACAUUUCUGAAUUUAUUUACAUUUGAUUUCAUUGAAAGCUAAGCUCAAAAAAAAAAAAUUAGCAUGCAGUCAGUGGGCAGCUGUAGCCUGUACAACUCGUACUGUGAGCACAGGAUAUUCACGUGAUCUUCCUCAUUCAGACUGGCCCACGUCACAUGCCUGCUCUUCCAAAUAUUUUGACUCAUUCCUAAAACAUUCCUGAUCUCCUUAUUGGCUCUUUCAAGAACCUUCAAGGAGAUUUGCAACAAUAAAAAGCAACGCAGGCUGUGUAUACACCAUACAUUUAAAGCAUCUCUCCCCUGCGCCCCCCCCCAAAAAAUCUUGGGAGCUGUAGUUUGCGAAGGGUGCUGGGAAUCAUAGCUUUGUGAAGGGUAAACUGCAGUUCCCAGGAUUCUUUCAGGGCAGUCUGCUUUAAAAUGUGUGUGUGUGUGUGUGUGUGUGUGUGUGUGUGUGUGUGGAGCAACAAUAAAAGAGAUUUCAAACCACAGUAGAAAGACAGGGUUAAAAUGCAUGUGAGACCCUGGCACUGUUGGACACCCCCACCCCUUUAGUGCCUUCCAACCCCUCCCUGCCCCUCUCAACUUUCUGGCUUGUGUACUUUGGUGAGCGGGGCGGGGUUGCUUACUAAAUCUCUGUUUAUUAGCACAUGUCUACAGGGGCCAUCUGCCUGCACAAGGAUGAGCUCUUACUGCCUACUUGUAUUUCCUCUCCUUUAUGGCUGCUGCCGGUUUCUCCCCUUACUUCUGCUGCAGGCCAAGUGGUGACCUUGCAGCUUGGGAGCACAAAGCCCUACGGCACCAUGUUUAAGCUCACCCCGCAAACCACAGAGGACGUCGUGAAUGCCGAGAAGUGCUUCCAGCUGAACGGCACCAAAGAUGGACCUGUGAAACCGCAAGGCGUCUUUCCCAGCUUUAAAGGCUUCAAGGUGAGCAAGUGGAACUCAGCAGUCAAAUGUUUAGGGUUGAACUGAAGAGCGGGUGGCCUUAUAAUAUAUCCUCCCCUUGUGGUCUACCCUGCUUGGUAUUGUCUGCACUAAAGCACUGAGCCUCUUGGGCUUGCCGAUCGGAAGGUCGGCAGUUCGAAUCCGUGCAAUGGUAUGAGCUCCUGUUGCUCAGUCCCAGCUCCUGCCAACUAGCAGUUCGAAAGCACACCAGUGCAAGUAGAUAAAUAAGUACCGCUGUGGCAGGAAGGUAAACGGCGUUUCCGUGCGCUCUGGCACUCGUCACAGUGUCCCGUUGCACCAGAAGCAGUUUUGUCAUGCUGGCCACGUGACUUGGAAAGCUGUCUGUGGACAAACGCCGGCUCCCUCGACCUGAAACGAGAUUAGCGCCGUCUCAUAGUCGUCUUUGACUGGACUCAACCGUCCAUAGUUGUCUUUGACUGGACUCAACCGUCCAGGGGUCCUUUAUCUUUUACCUUUACCUUUGUCUGCACUGAUCGGCAGUGGAUCUCCAGGAUUUCGACCUCAGAGAUGCUGAGGAUUGAACUGGGUCCUUUGGCAGGCAAAGUAGUCUGAGCUAAGACCCUUCCCCACUUGGAUCUGGAACACCUGCUAUGGACUCAUUCUGUCACCUUUGCCUGCUGGGUGCUUAGCCUUAGUUGCCCGUCAAUAAACGUGACUUACCUUUCAGGCUGCUCAUUGGUAAUAACAUUAAUAAUAAUAACUUAUUUAUAUACCACCCAUCUGGCUGGGUUUCCGCAGCCGCUCUGUGCGGCUUACAGCACAUAUAAAACCACAACAAGACAUCAAACAUAUCCUAUACAGGCAACAAACAAACCAAUAAAUCAAUAGAAACCAAUAAUAACAGUUUAUAGUUACACCCAAAUUAAAAUAACCACCAACCCCAACUAAACAUUUAACCAACCCCCACCAGACAAAAACAAAACAGAGGAAGCAAAAUUAGAACCGUUUAAAACAUUGUAAAACUAGGGUUGCCAUAUUUUUUUUGGUAAAAGUUGUUGAGCUUUUUAGGAGUCUUUUAGCUGUUUUCAGAGUGAGUGUGAGCCUGGCCCCCUAGGCCAGGUGGACUUAGGCCUUGCAGCAGGAAGCGCUCUUCUUUCCAGAACACAUUGGAAGGUGCAACAUACGUGGAGAUCAUAGGGCUGGUUGCAAGCAACUUAGACUUGCAGCUGGGGCAAGGGCAUCGGCUCUGGGAUUUGUAGUCCAAAGUGUUAAGGAGGGUGCUAGAUUAGGAGAGGCUGUGAUAGAGCUCUGCCACAGAGCUAUGGUCCUUUCCUCAAAGUCUCUUCCAAGCCCAGUCUCCCAUGGCUUAGGAAUUAGGUGCAUAGGAAGCUGCCUUUUUAGACCCAAGGUUAAUCCGGAUCAGUAUUGCCUACACCAACUGGCCACGGCUCCCCAGGGUUCUAGGAAGGGGACCUUCCCAGGCCUGCCUGGGAUUCAAACCUAGUAGUUUCUGCUAUGUACUCUGCCUUAUAUCAGCAUCGGACUCCUUGUCCUUUGGCCCAUGCAAAAAUUUGCCACUUGAUUCCUUAUUAAGUGGAGAUGCCAGGGAUUGAACCCAGGACCUUCUGCAUGCAAGGCAGGUGCUCUGCCACUGAGCUGUAGCUCCUCCCCAGUUCAUCAGCCUCUUGUAGCCUACCUGUCUACAUCUGCUUCAGAGGCUACUGUGCUUGCAGGGAGACCCGCCAGCUUCAGAUGUCACUUGACAUUUCAGCCCCUUCCCUUUCUGACAGGGCUCAAGAGAGCUGCUCCUGUCGAAAGAGAGUGGCAGGUCCUCAGGCAGCUUGGCUCAGUGAUUCAGCCACUUGCCAUAAGCUGCUCUGGCAUGUGCCAAGCUUCCAGGACGAAUGCAAAAUAGGCUUCACCCAGAUGCAGUUCCUUGAUAAUCGUGAAAAGUUGUUCCACGGUGGCUGUUAAAAGUGGCACACGUUGCAGGGAAGAUGUGUUUGAUGACAAGCUGUAACUUGACUUUUGCCAAGCUGCUGCCCUGAAUAGUGAAGUCAGUGUGUGUGUCCGUGCGUCCGUGUGUGUGCAUGUGUGACUUUGCUUUAGUUGGAAGACUUAAAAAACAGGGAGGGAGAUGGGGAGCUCUAGGCCAGGCAUAGGCGAACUCGGCCCUCCAGAUGUUUUGGGACUACAUCUCCCAUCAUCCCUAGCCAACAGGACCAGUAGUCAGGGAUGAUGGGAGUUGUAGUCCCAAAACAUCUGGAGGGCUGAGUUUGCCUAUGCCUGCUCUACACCAAGAGGAGUCCAUGUGAUGCCCUCCUGCUGUUGCCUGGCUACUGCAACCAUCUGGCCCCAAGCCACUCUGGGGGCCUUUUUUGGCUGAAAAGUGGGGUAAAAAUGCUGCAAGCAAGCAAGCAAGCAUCAUUCAAUAGAUGCAGCUUGCAAGUGAACUCCAGUAUUACACAGUGGACGCUGGCAACCUGUCCAGCUUAAUUGGUAGGCUAUUUAUUUGGAGGCUAUGGGAGACUAGAGCAGGGGGAACCAAACUAGCUUUUGGGACUAUAACUCCUGUCAUCCCAGGCCAGAGCUGGUGGUCCCAAUGAGAAUUGUAGUCCAACAAUAUAUGGAGGGCACCAUAUUGGCCACCUUUGGAGGAGACAUAAGAGAGCUAGAUAGACCAGAAUGAUGACCUCGGGUUGCAUCCAGCUAUGUUCUGCUCCGAGUGGACAUACUAAAAAGAAUAAUCCCCAUUAAAGUCAAUGGGUUGUUUGCCGUGCGUGUCCCACUCAGAGUAGACCCAUUGGAAUUGAUGGAUAGGGCUAACUUAAGUUUAUGAAUUGGUAGGACUCGCAUUGGAUUACAGCCCUUUUCAUGCCUGCCCUUUCCAUUGCUCCUCCCCAGCCCAUAAGGGAAGAAUACUACAAAGGCAAAUACUGCACCGUGUGGCAGAACAUCUCUUACGGGGGCAAGAAGAAGAAUAUCUACACUAUGUGGGUCACCAACAGCAGCUGCGGUGUGUCGCCUGUGCACUACGAGAUGAAGGGCUUCAACACUUUGCUGGGGUCCCACUACGACAAGUAUGAAAUAGAUUAUACCGACUUCUCCAACAGCUUCCCAGCUUCCGUCUUCGACCUGAAGCCAAACGGUGAGUACGAGAUUAUCCUUCUGCACCCUUCCUCCAAGUAGUUCAGGGUGAUCUCGCUCACAGUGGCAAAACAACUUAUCUGGGUUUAUCUUGCUCAACAACUUUGUAAGGCGGGCCAGUCCACGUGUGGCCUCGAGCUGGUCCGCAUCUUCACAAUGGAUCUUCUGCCUGAGUUUGACAUGUUAGCCUCUGCACUGCAGGGGUGAGGAAUCCCGGGGCUCUUGGCCUGUUGUUGGACUCCAUCUCCCAUCAGCCCCAGCCAGCAUGGUCCAAUUGUCAGGCAAGAUGGGAGUUGUAGUCAAAUGGCACGUGGAGGGCUGCAGGUUCCCUAUUCAUUUCUGCUUUGCAGCUUCUCUCUUGUGUUUUCUGUGGCUUGGUUGGCAUUCCACAAAGUGCACCCCUCACAAAGCUGCUGUUCCAAGCACUCUUAGCAAACUAUAGCUCCCGGGAUUCUUUGGAGGAAGUCAUAUGCUUUAAACAUGUUGUAAAUUUGUUCUUUAAUUGUACGGUGCGGAUGUGAUCUAACUGGUUGGAGCACUUUGUGGAAUGCCAGCCAAGCCACAACAAACACAAGGGCAACAAAGUAUGAAAUAGCUCUGUAGCACAAGAUCUGGCAGAAAGUUGUGUGUGUGUCUGUGUCUGUGUCUGUGUGUAUCUAUCUAGUCCUUAAGACAAGAUUUUUUGUCCCAAAUCCUCCCUAGCAGGCACCCACCCUACUCUUUCCUGAAAAGCGUCAACUACUGUGAUUUCUUCACCUUCGUGUUGAGCUUAUUUCUUUGAUGAACCUUCCUGGUCCAGUUGGAAUAUUCUGAGCUGGUUUUGCAGAACACAUUAAAAGCAUAGUUUUAAACCCCCAUCCUGCCACUGCUCCUGCUCAUGAGACAAGCCAGAAUCUGGCCCAUUGCGUCAUUCGAAUUUGGGCUGGUUCGUUUCUCUCCAGACAAACCACGAGUGGGAGCCAAGGUGUGUUCAUGGCUUACCACAUGUGGUUUAUUUGGGGGAAAACAAACCAUUCACCUGGGUUUGUAUAACACAACAAGCCAGAUUGUGGCUCAAUCGGGUUGCUGUGCGGGAGGAGCGCCGUGGGAAUUUUAACUGUGCAGCAGCUCACUGCUCAUUCACAGGAAACCAUAGUUCAUCUUAAACUAUGGUUGGUGCAAAGGGAGCCAAUGUGGUGUGUUCUGGAACUCGCACUGAUCACUAGCCAUGCUGGGGGGAGGGGCUGAGGGGACUGGGAGUCCAGCGAAGAUUAGAAGUCACCACAUUGGCUACCCUUGGUUUUAAUGCAGGAGUGGGAUACCUUUGUCAACCUGAGAGCCCCGUUUCCGUGUGGGCCACCUUCCUGGGGCUGCAUAACAAGUGGUAGAUGUGGCCAGACACACACCACUCCCAAUCCAGGCAAGCAGGAGGUAUAUAACAAUUCAAGGCCGUGUUGCAGCCAGGAAUGUGCAGAGCAGGGCCAGUGAAGGGUUUGGCCUGGGGGCAUGGCCUGGGCAGAAAGGCCCCGGGAGCUGCAAUCAGCCCCCAGGCUUGACGUUCCUCAACUGGACCUCUGUUUCCAUGGGUCAGCUAAAUCAGCCUCCCCAUAGUCAGACCUUCUACCUGCUUGUCUGUUAGGAGAAUAUAUGGGACAAUAACUGAUAGAUCUGUUUGGGCGCCACAAUUUAAGAAGGAUAUUGACAAGUUGGAACGUGUGCAGAGGAGGGUGACCAAGAUGAUCAAGGGUCUGGAAACCAAGCCUUAUGUGGAAUGGCUGAGGGAGUUGGGUAUGUUUAGCCUGGAAAAGAGGGGAUUACGAUGGCCAUCUUCAAAUAUCUCAAGGGCUAUCACAUGGAAGAUGGAGUAAGCUUGUUUUCUCCUGAUCUGGAGGGUAGGAAGCCAGUGGCUUCAAGUUACAAGAAGGGAGGUUCUGACUAAACACCAGGAACAGUAAGAGCUGUUCAGCAGUGGAACAGUCUCCCUUGUGAGGUUGUGGACUCCCCUUCAAUGGAAGUUUUUCAGCAGAGGCUGGAUGGCCUUUCAUGGAUGCUUUAGUUGAAAUCCCUGCAUUGCAGGAGGUUGGACUAGAUGACCCUCAGGAUCCCUUCCAAUUCUAUGAUUCUAUGAGUCAGACCAUUGGGUCUAUCUAGCUCAGCACUGUCUACACUGACUGGCAGCAGCUCUCCAGGAUUUCAUUCUUUCCCAGCCCUACCUGCAGGUGUUGAGGGUUGAACCUGGAACCUUCUGCGUGCAAAGCAGAUGCUGUACCACUGAGCUCUGCCCCUUCCCUAAGGUCUCUCUCUUCAUCUUCAUUUGCUGCACAUUGAGAGGAUAUCAUACCUAGUUGUGACUGGUGCCCAUUGGAGAUUGGUAGGGCAGAAGACAGGGAGCCCAACAGUAGGUGGCACCAUAGCCGAUGGCAGGCAGAGGCAACUGUAUAGUGAAGAAGUCAGACACAGCUCUGUGGGGAGAGAAUUCCACAGUUUAGGGGCCACCUCUUCUGGGCCAUACACACUGAAUUUUUGAAAGAGGUGGAACUACCAGAGCACCCUCUGCUGAUCUUAACAACCAGGAGGGUCUGUAUCGAAGGAGACAGUGUUUCAGAUAUUACAUGUAUAGUAAUACUCUUACUAUUCCUGGUGUACAGUGCUGCACUUCGAUCUAGGGAAUGGACAGUGUUACAGGUGCCACAUGAUACCUGUUCCCCAUUUAUAAGAAAAUCUUUUAGCCUGGCAAUCACCUGCAUGCCUGUCUAUUGACAUCAGGCAGGCAUCUUCACUGUACUCUUUUCAGCACCAGCUUAAAAACAUUUUUGUUUGGGCAAGCUUACCCAAACUUGUAGAAUGAUAUGUUUUUAGUUUGUUGCUUUUUUUUUUUUAAUGUUCUAAAUAGUUGUUUUUAACUCUUUAUAAUUUUAUCAUUGUAUUCUCUUUGUGUAUUCUGCUUUGAGGAUUUUAUUUAUUUAUUUAUUUGCAAUCAAGCAGUGUAUUACUAAUUAGGAAAUAAAUAAAUAAAUAUCUGCCGGGUGCGUUUUCUCCCUAGAAACAAAGCUAUGCGAUGAACUGCCUGGCGACUCCUCAGAGCACCACAUCAUGGCAAACCCCAUGGCAGAUUUUGUGGGGGGAGAAGAGGACCGAGCCCACCAGGUGUUCCACCAAUACAGAAAACGGUUUGGAAAGACCUACGACGAUGAACGGGAGAUGGAACACAGGAAGCACACCUUCACCCACAACAUGAGGUCAUUGGUUGUAUUUGAAUUUUUUUUUUCAUCCUGUCCUUCAGCCAAAAAAAAAGGGGGGGCCCUCUGUGAGCCACAAUAAGAUAGUCCCUGACCUCAGGUUUACAAUCUAAAAGGCACGGCACAAAAGGAAAAAGGGACUGGGAGGGGAGAGGGGGAAAGCAACCUUAUUUUGAUAAUGACUACCUAGGACUGAAAGAUUUGAAGAGGAGGAGCUAGGUAUUGGUAGCCAAUGGAGAGGCGCUGUAGUCCCAUCUCACCUUUACUGAUGGAGUAUAUUAUAAAAAGGAGUACAGUGGUACCUCGGGUUAAGAACUUAAUUUGUUCCGGAGGUCUGUUCUUAACCUGAAGCACCACUUUAGCUAAUGGGGCCUCCUGCUGCUGCCACGCCGCUGGAGCACAAUUUAUGUUCUCAUCCUGAAGCAAAGUUCAUAACCCAAGGUACUAUUUCUGGGUUAGCGGAGUCUGUAACCUGAACCAUCUGUAACCUGAAGUGUCUGUAACCCGAGGUACCACUGUAAUUAUGAAAUAGGUGGUGGCUGUGCUGUCAGAGUCAAAGCAUUUAUAUUUAGAUCUGGCUCUGGUUCCUGGAGGUGAGGGGAAGGAACAUAGGGAGAUGCUCUAUACCAAGUCACACCAGUGCUCACACCAUUGCUGUCAACACUGACUGGCAGCAGUGGUUGCUGACUUGCCAGUUGAAGACCAGUGGGUUAGAGAGCCAAUAGGAACACGGGAAACUCCCUUGAGCUGAGUCAGACCAUUGGUCCAUCUAGCUGAGUAUUGUCAGCACUGACUGGCAGCGGCUCUCUGGGGUUUGAGGCAGAGGACAUUUUCAACCUUACCUGAAGACACCGGCAAUUGAACCUGGGACCUUCUGUACACAAAGCAAAUUUUCUACCUAUGAGUGACAGCCGUUCCUCAAGGGAAGUGUGUACUCUUGCAUAUGCAUGGAGGCACACUUGGCUUUUUGAUGACAAUAUUGAGAUGACUGUAGCUACACUUGUCUGAGGCUACCUUGUUGUUUUUAAAUCUGUUCAAUAUAAUAAAAUUCAUUUUAAAUCCCAGUAUCCCAGCCUUUGCUGAGCCCUGCCAUUUAACACAGGUUUUGGGGCUUAAGCUUUGCUGAAAUCAAGACCCAGAUCAUUUGGGGCCCUUCCUCGAAGCUGGGGCCCCUCUGCUCAGUUGCUUCCCUGCAUUUUGACCUAGGCUUUGGCACUGUGCUCUGAAGCAGCUUUUGUUGAAUACAUUUAUAUACUUCCCUUCGGUGCCAGUUUAUCAGGACGAUUUACAACCGGGGUCAAAGCACAUCAUUGUAACAGAAACGUACUGAAACUGUGUUGAUGAAAACAGCAGAAUAAAAAGCAGCAUAAACCAAGUAUCAAAACACCACACUAAAAAAAAAAUCUUAUCCUCUGUCGAAAGCCUGGAAAAUUGUAAAAGACUUGAUAUGUGCCCUGGACGUUGAAAACAGUGCCAUGCCACUUUAAAGAGUCAUGAGCUUCCCCCAAAGAAUCCUUGGAAGGGUGAUAUGUUGCUGAGAUUUGUUAGGAGACCCCUGUUCCUCUCGUGAGGCUGCAAUUACCGGAAUUCCCUGGGAAGAGGGACUGACUGUUAAACCACUCUUGAGAACUGUAGCUCUGUGAGGCGAAUUUGGCCAUAGCAAAUUUCUACUGUGGUUUUAUCCCUGUACUUCCAAGAACCGUGUGUUAGUGUUCAAGGAACCUUUAACCCCAAGAGGGUUAGGGGAGGGUGACAACAAGCCUGAGCCGCCCCCUGCCCAGCCCAGCCCUUUCUCCUCCAGCUUUCCCAUUGUUUCUGCCCCCCCCCAGGUUUGUCCAUUCCAAGAACCGGGCCAACCUCUCCUACAAGCUGGCGCUGAACCACUUGGCGGACCUUACCCAGGAUGAGAUAGCUGUGAUGAGAGGCAAGCUCAAGACCACAGCGCCAAACAACGGGCUGCCUUUCCCUGAGGAGAUGUACGUGGGCCUAAUCCUGCCAGAGAGCUUGGACUGGCGGCUUUACGGUGAGUGGUGUUGGAAGGCAAUCCUGUGUAGGCAAGGAACAAAUAAGAAGGGGAUUAUACUGAGUUGUGCCUUUGGUCCAUCAAGUUCAAUACUGUCUACACUGACUGGCAGCAGCUUUUUAGGAUUUCAGGCUGGCCUCUCUCCAAGCCCUACCUGGAGAUGCUGGGGACUGAACCUGGGACCGUCUGCAUGCAAGGCGGAUGCUUUAUCUCUGAGCUAUAGGCACCAAUUGUUAUAAGCAAAUGUGGUCCUAAGCCUUGGGAAAUGCAGAGGAGAGCAAUAGAAUCUCCUGAUGUUUUUUAUUUCUGCCUGAAAAGUGGCUGUGAAGACUCUGCAACUUGACUGGAGCAAUGGUAAUGGAGAAGAGGGCAUUAGUUCCCUCCCAGCCAAAUGCAGAUAUUCCAAUAUACAUACAGGUAUUCCUCUGUUUGCCCUAAGGGCUCAUCCACACUUUUUGCUUUCUCCCAGGAAAACCUGCUCUGUAAUGCUGAAUUGGAGCAAACCUCAGUAGGGUUUUCUUUGGAUUGAUGUUUGCUCCGAUUUAGCUUUAAAGAGUGGGUUUUCCUGGGAGACAGCGCAAAGGCAGAACCAUUCCAACUCAUGCCUAGAAUGAAUGGACAAGUGGGAAACCUCUUUGAUCUGUACUUUCUAGGCAUGGGGCAAGCAGAAGUUUCCCCAGCGCUGCUGCUCCACUCAAAUGUCCCCCCCUCCCUGUCCCCCAGUUUGUUUUAAUUAAAAAUGAAAACAGAAUUAACUCUUGAAUGGCGCGUCCUUGAAGUUACACACCUCUGCUGCUGCACAUCCAAAAGGAGUGAUGUUGCAGUAGCUUGAUGGCGACAGAAAUGGUUGUGCAGGUGGGUCUCAACUCUUUUCUGCUUGUCCCUUCCAGGUGCAGUGACUCCAGUUAAGGACCAGGCUGUGUGUGGCUCCUGCUGGAGUUUCUCCAGCACUGGAGCUCUCGAAGGGGCUCUCUUCCUCAAGGUAAGAGCUCACCUGUCUCUUACCAGGGAAUUUCCUUUCAACUAAUUUGGAAGGUGUUGGGGAACUCAGAGAUUGGAUGCUACAUAGAUCCAAGCUGUUCACAUUCCUGAGAAAAGUAUUCUAUUAUUGUCCCCAGACACUCUGGGUGGCUAAAAACUUCCCGAUACAGGGCUGCCUUCAGAUGUCUCCUAAAAGUUGUGUAGUUCUUCAUCUCCUUGACAUCUGAAGGGAGGACGUUCCACAGGGAGAGCUACCCAGCAGGUGUGUCAUUUCUGCUUACCAGGAGACAUGAUGGGGAGGUUGGUGCGGUGCACAGGCAUGCUGAUGGAAAUAAUGCUGUGAUUCUGCUGGUGCACUUACACUGCACUGAGCUCCCCACCACCUCCCUCCUGGUAAGCAGUGGCAACGUCUAUUUUAAUAUUUCAUUUAGUACAUUUAAUUUCCCACUUCUAUUCAGUAGGGGGAGCACAGAGCAGGGAUACAAAAAGGCAUCAUUUUCCAUUCCACAUUGUAGCUAUUGCAUGCGGCUCUGCUUCCAUUUCGCCGCAGUUCAUCUUUCACCACAUCUUCACCUCACUGUCCACUGUGGCAAAAUUGCAAAGUUGGCUAUAUAAAUUACACUGUCAUUUCAUUCUUCCACUCUGUUUUUUUCAGUGCUAAGGAAACACAAUGCAAGGGGUUUUUUUGGCGGCGGGGGGGGGGGGAGGAAGCUUAAUUGAUGCAUAAUCAUUUGUGGACUGAAAGCACCAACAGUGAAUGCCAAUAAUUUUUUCUGGAUUGAUUUUCAUUCUGAACAUGGGUCAAAUUCCUUUGGAAUUUUCCAACACCCCAGGUUAGUGGUCUCCAAUCCAGAUACUGGCCAGUGACAAAGCUGCUCAGCUUCAGCAAAGAAACGGCCCUAUUUUCCACAUUAUGAAUGUAACUUUGCUUCAGCAGUAAAAUAUGCUAUUACAGUAAUGCUUCUUUUCUAAAGGGAAUGUUCCAUGUGUGCUAUCCUGACAUUUACGGUUUAGCACUGCGUGGCUAAGCAGGUACAGUGGUACCUGUUUUUGAACGUCUCUAUUGACGAACAUUUCAGAACUCGAACGCCAUAACCCAGAAAUAAACGCUUCCGUUUUUUAACGUGCCUUGGAAGUCGAGUGGCUUCCACUGAGUGUAUUCUCAAUUUUCUCUGUUAAAUUUGCAGACUGCCCUUUGUGCCUCAGUUUUCGGACGUUUUGGAACUUGAACGGUCUUCCAGAAUAGAUUACGUCCGAAAACCCAAGGUACCACUGUAACAGUUUCCUCUCAACCAAGACUGACAUUUUGCUUCUCCCCUGUUUCCCCAGACUGGGCAGCUCAUCCCUCUGUCUCAGCAAAUCCUCAUUGACUGCUCUUGGGGCUUUGGGAACUAUGCCUGUGACGGUGGUGAGGAGUUUCAGGCGUUCGAGUGGGUCAUGAAGCACGGCGGCAUUGCCAGCACAGAGUCCUACGGCCCAUACAAAGGCCAGGUGAGAGAAGUCAAACCAGAAUUAGUUUACUAAUAAGCCAUUUAUUACACAACAGCUCCCAGGAUUCUUUGGUGGAAGCUGUGACUGUUUCAAGUGGCGUCAUAGUGCUUUGAAUGUGAAUAUCCAAGAAUCUUGAGAAGGAAAGUCUGCCAAUCUCACAGGGUGAGAUUAUGCCCACUGACUCCAUCCUUGGCUGCACGUUCAUGUGAAAGAGGGGUGGGCAUCUAUACUGAUGCUGUGCAUUGGAGAGCAUGUGUCCGGCAGGCACACUGGCGUCUGAAGACUUCGCCAGGAGGUGGAAACUCCAGCACUCCACACAAAUGUGUUUCUUGAGCACGAUAGCAUUUGUAUGUGCAGCAUCACUAUGUACAUCAUAUGUAUGCCAGUCUUGACUGUGCAUAGGGUGGCAGGCAAUGAGGUAAGGCGGAGAUAUGCAUGGGCAUAGAAGGUUGUGGUUUGCACAGUGUGCUGUGAACUGGUUGUCCAGCAGCAGUGUCCCCAGCCCUCCAGCUAAACUGAUCUAGCCCAGACUAGAGGGGCAGAUCAGUGAAGACUCCAGACAGCACAUGGAGGAAGAAAUGUCUUCGGAGAGCUUUUAGGAACUCCUGGACAACAAUGGUGGUUAAUGAAAUGAUGAGUGAAAUCUUGGGGUUUUCUUUUUGGGGUUCAUCCCCACCUGGGUGAUUCUUCUCUCUUUCAGAAUGGCUACUGCCAUAGCAACGACACUCAGCUUGUGGGCAAACUCAAAGGCUACGUCAAUGUCACCUCUGGGAACCGUACUGCUCUGAAAGCUGCCAUCUACAAGCAUGGCCCCGUGUCUGUCAGCAUCGACGCCUCCCACCGAAGCUUUUCCUUCUAUUCCAACGGUGUCUACUACGAGCCCAAGUGUGGUGAGUCCCAGCCUAUGAGAUUGUGGCAGAAAACUGUAAAUUAGGGCGGGGAAUCUCUUCUAGCCUGCGGGCCACAUUUUCUCUUGCUUGUGGGUAAUCUUCCAGGGGCCGUAGGCUAGGGGUGAACAAAGCCAGAGGCAAAACAGAGUAGAGCAGCGGAUGUGAAUCCUACCUUUAUGCAGUAGGCUAUGUUCCCCCUGAACUACACCUCUCCAUCCUGGCAAACGAGUCCUUGUCAAAGUUGCACCCUCAAGGAGGAGUGGAGCAGAGCUGGUGAGGAGUGUGGCUUGGUGUGGGGUAGGCUGUGGCCUAGGGGGAGACCCCCGAGCCAAAGAGAGAGGCCCAGAGGACUGCAUUUGUCCCCUGGGCUCAAGGAUCCCCACUACCUGCUGUAAAUAAAGUUGCACUUCCUGCGAUGCAUCUCAAGAGCACUUGGCAUAACCUGCACAUCAUCCACAUGGCUAUUUGCGAUACGGUAAACUCCUCCAUGCUUUGUAUGGUGAAAUUGGAAGCUAAUGCCUCCCCAGGUUAUGGUCUGAAGGCAUGUGAGGCUACUGAAACAAAUGUCCCAGGUCUAGGUCUGGUCAGUGCUUGGAUAUGGGUGGUCACCUGGGUACCGCACGUAAGACAUCUUGGGUUCUAUAAUGGAAGAAAUGCAAGGCAGUAAAUAAAUACAUAGAUGCUGAUUUCCACUGCAACAUCCUCUGUGCUAUCUGCACAGACAUCAGCCCUGUGCAAAUCGGAGCGAGGCCGUGGGUAUCUGGAUGGUCACUUUGAGAACAGGAUUCUAGACUAAAUAGGCCUUGGCAGGGAUCUCCUGCCCUCUUGAUUGCUGUGGCAAGCUGGAGCACCGCCCACAUAGAUUUAAGAGUUUCGGGUGCCUACCUACUCACUAAGAGAUCUACUUGUGGGAAAGUUCUGCACCCUGCUGCUUUCAAAGGGGAGUUGAGGUCCAGCAAUGCACAUCAGCUGCAGCCAACAGGGCCAGUGGUUAAGGGUGACUGACGUUGUAGUCUAGCAGUGUUGGCAAGUCAAUAGCCUCUUUACCUCUGAGGUAGAGGAUGGUGCCACAUUGCAGCCUGGCUGAUGAGAAUCAUCGCUUACAGAAAGUGUGCGCAAUGGUUGUUACUGCAAAUCAUCAGCUGGUUAUAAUUACGCCUUUUGGCAAGCACUGCCAAGACCUUUGCAUAUCUUAUUCAUCAUCCCGACCCAACCUAGGAGGCAGGUCAUUAUCACCACCCCAUUUUGCAUAUGGUAUUUGGGAUGGAUUGAGAGACAGGGAGAGAGGAAGAAUGCAAAUGGGUCACUCAAGGUAACCCAGUAAGUAGCUUUCUCUCUUCCUGGUCCCACUCUUAGGGUCUGGAUCCUUGUGGGUAAUCCUGAGUUCUAAUAUGGUGAGAGGAAAAUGAUCUCCCUUUUCUGCAGGAGGCCAUUGCACAUGAGGAACUGAACUCUCAGUCUUCAGCAGUACAUUUGGGUGGCAGCCAUGCUCCUGUGCUCUUUUCCAUUAUCCCACUUGUUACAAAGCUUGACUCUUUUAUUUUAUUUUUAAUUCAUUUUUAGGAAACAAACGAGGCCAGCUGGAUCAUGCGGUCCUAGCUGUAGGUUACGGUGUCCUCCAAGGCGAACUCUACUGGCUUGUGAAGAACUCCUGGUCCACCUACUGGGGAAAUGAUGGCUACAUCCUCAUGUCUAUGAAAGACAACAACUGUGGAGUUGCCACUGAUGCCACGUUCCCGAUCAUGGCAUAACCCGACCUUGCCUUGGGAAGCUCCUUCAGGGAAUCCCAGAACUGAUACUGUCCAAAUAUAUAUUUUGCUCUCAAUCAGGACCACCACCCCAUACGCCCAAAACUCCUAAACAUCCCUAACAUAUUUGUUUUUGUGUGCUGAAAUCUUUAGCCACAGGGCUGAAAGAGUUUUGGGGUUGUUGUUAUUGUUGUUGUUGUUUUAAAAAAGCCUAAUCUCAACUAUACUGGAAGCUAUUUCAUGAAGGCUUUCCCCCACCCUGAGAAGCAGGGUCUAAAUACUACCUGGAUAAAUGAAACCACAAAGUCCAGUCGUCUUAUAGGGAUCGCCCUGUUGGAACAAAAAUAACUUCUGCCCCUUCUUCCAAUAUUUUUGAGAGUCCUAAUCCUCCUUGUGCUUGCUUCUUGAACAGGCCCUUCAUCACCCAGUCUCCAUCCCUCCAAUUCCUUAAACCCACUACAGUCAUACCUUGGAAGUCGAAUGGAAUCCAUUCCGGAAGUCUAUUCAACUUCCAAAACAUUCGGAAACCAAAGCGCAGCUUCUGAUUGGCUGCAGAAAGUUCCUGCGGCCAAUCGGAAGCCCCGUUGGACAUUUGGGUUCUGAAAAUAGUCACUUCUGUGUUUGUGGUGUUCAGGAGCCAAAAUGUUUGACUUGCAAGGCGUUCGGGAUUCAAGGUACGACUGUAAUAAGAAUUAUAGAAGCCGUUUUCUUGGGUGUUUGCUGUCUCCUCACCAUGAACCCCUGUUUCCAAAGCUUUUACAAAAACCACUGUACAAACCGCAGCACAGUGUAUUACGGUGCCAAGCCUGGAAAUUUGCAAGUGGGUGGGGAAUUCCUUAAGCCAUGCACAAGCCAAGGAGCUAUGUCCUUGUGGGCCCUUAGGUCAGGGAGGUGGAACCUGUGCCCUUCCAGAUGUUGCUAGAGUACAACUCCCAUCAUUCCUGAAAACCUGCCAUGCUUGCCGGAGCUGAUGGGAGUUGUAGUCCCAACACCACCUGGAGCCCAGCAGCUCUGCAUCCCCACAUCCUGGAGUGCAGGAUUCUUUUUACAUGAAAGGUGAUGUACAGCAGUUGUAGAAGGAUGGGUAAUCAACUAUGGCUUUGUCAAAGCUCCAUUCUCAGGUGUUCCCUCCUCUUCUGCAUCAGCUGCUAUGGCUCUUCCCAAGUGAGCCAAUUAAAAAUAUGUACAUACCAUG